AUGUCUGCUGAAAUGGAUAGAGCUCUCUUAGCCUUGUCUCUCAAAGAUGAUGAUGAUGGUCCUUUCACUCUACCAAAUCUACCGCAGUAUUUCGCAACUGAAAGGAAUGAAAUUCUAGAAAAAGGCAUGCAAACCUUCGAUGAUUGGGGAUUAGCAAUGGAUCGAUGGGUAGAGAAACCUCAGCCUGGAUUCCUGCAAUCAGUCUCGGUCUGGGUCAGAAUCAGCAACAUUCCGGUUAAUCAUUACACCAAAGAAGCUAUCUCUGAGCUUGGAGAUCUUAUCGGGCAUGUUGAAAAGAGAUUAACGCAUGCAAAGGAACGCUGUCCUUUUCUUGAACAUGCUCAAGGAUCUAGUGAUCAGUCAAAGGGUUUCAUGUCUAUCUCUCAGACUUCUCUUCCGCAAAGGGUUCUUGAAGCUACUGAUCCUCUGUAUGGAAUUUUAAAGGAAGAUCAAGUCGGAAUUAAUCCUCUCUCGGGUCGCCCGCGUAUUGCUCCUGAGAUUCUACAAGAGAUGCGCAAUUAUCUACUAGCUUCAAGCUCUGAAGACAGACAUGUUCGUGAACAAAGGGUCAUUGCUUCAGUGAAAGAUGCAGAAAUGAAACUGGAUUCACAGAGAUCAGUUAUGCAACUCAUCCCUACUUCGCUGUUCACUUCAGUCAUAAACAAAGGAAAAGAGAUAGUUGUCUCUGAUGAUAAUGAAGGAAAAAUGGGCCACUCUUCUAUCCCGAACCCGCAACCUAAGUUAAUGGCAGCAGCAAUCUCAUCAGGACAGACGAUGUUUAACACUACAACCAACGUUUUCUGUAAAUUGUCGCUACCAUCACUUCAACAGUCUCAGGUGAAUCCAACCAGCUCUCUGAUUACUUUCACUGCUGAACCUUCUAACUCCAAAGAGAAGGCAAUAAGGAAGCCGGGAAGAUUCAAAAGAAUUUACAACUCUCGUAAGAAGUCUCAGAAGUUACCUCAAGCUCAUGAUCACAAAGAGGUAACUGAAGGAAAUGUGAGCAAGAAAAGGAAAGCUGAAGAUGAUUUGGCAGGUGUAUCCAAAGCUGCAAAGAGCAAUACACCACAGAUGGUCCCGCGUGAGGGACCGUCCAACGCGUAA